AUGUUUAUAAAAAACUUCUUUAAGAAACAAUCAAGAUUUGAGAGAAAACUAUUCGAAUCAUCAAUAUUUGAUAAUCAAGAAACUGUUGAUCUAGAAGAUGUAAAAUAAAUGUUACAAGGUAAAUUUGAUUAAAUUAAUAUAGGAUUUCCUUGUUUAUCAGAAAUUGACUAAUUAGUUUAAAGUAUGACUUUAGUUUAAGUGUGUCGUGAAUUUCUGAGACUUAUCCCAUAAACACUAGACAAUCAUAAAAAGCUUAAAGUUCUUCUCACAAUGCAUGUACUAAUGGGAGAUGUCAAACAUGGUAGAUUAUUUGUAUAGUAAUUAAAUUACUUUAAUGGUUGGGUACCAACUAAUAAAGAGGACAUCUUAAAUAAAUUCAUAGGAAUUCAAACUAUGAUAAUACAUAAACUUGCUAGCAUAUAAGAUAUAUGUACUAGAAGCAAACUCAAAACUAGCAUUGAGAUUUUUUUCAAAGAUAUUGAUACAUCAGUAAUUCAAUUCUACAAAGCUAUUAAUUGUCUUAACUUUAUUCUAGCUUAAUAUGAUGUAUGAGUUCUUAUUAAAUUUAGUUAUUCCUCAGUAUUUCAAAACUACACAAUAGAACAGUUGUAAUGGAAAUUUACUUGUUAAUCUGGAACGAUCUAAUAGCCAUGUAUUUAAUGCUUGAAAGGUACGGUUUAUGAAUUCUCUUUUUAAGUAUUGUAGGUUCAUACGACAAUUUAUGGAGUGCUAUACAUAGCUUGAUCAAAAAUAAGCAUUAUAAGUCUAUGAACUGUUUAAUGAAUAUAACAAAUUAACAUCUUCUGUGAGAUAAUUUGGAUCCAUCAGCAACAGUUUCAAAAAUUGCAAUAUUUCCCAACCUAAGUAAUCUCAUAUUUCAUUUUAGAUGGUAUAUACCAACAAAAAGGGAGUAGGAUGAAUUACAAUUAUAUUUUUAGAAUGUUAAAAUUUAUUUAACAAGUAGAACCAAAAGAUAGAAAAUUGAAAAAUCUGCUUCUUAAGUCUUGAGAGUGUGUCAAAGUACAGAUAGAGUCUAUAGAAAAUCAACUUCAUUUAUUGGAUAAAAAGGUGAUAACUUUCUUCAAAAUACUACUUUAGGGUAUAUGAAAAAAAUAUCUACUGCUACAAAUCCUAUUGCAUUUUAAUAUACAUUUGAAAGUGAAUCAAAAACUGAAAUUUAAUAGAAAUGA